AGAGGCAAGAGAGCCCCGACAGGAUCAGAUACAGGAGAGGGUUUCUGUCACUGAAAUUCAUCAGUCAAAUAUGGACUCUAUUUAACUCUUUUGGACUCAACUGGAGGGCAGAUUCAAACAUUCUGAACCCUGAACUCUACUGAUACUUCACUGGACUUUAUUUUGGACUGUACUGGACCCAACUGCACUUUCUAGGGGAUUCCACUGGACUGCAUUGGUUUCUAUUGGUUUUGUAUGGGAUCCAGUUUAAUCUGCUUCACUGCAGCAGCAGGGUUGAAACUUUUGCUGAUGAAUGGAGUUUGACUGAUUCUGCACUGUAGGGGCUUUUUUGUCUAAGUGUUUGGGCAAUCCACGGUUAUACGGUGAUCUAAUGUCAGUUUUGGAGUUAUCUCUCUCUGAUUACUUUGAGUAAAAGGUCAAUUAGACCUAAAUUAUUGUUCAAAUACACAAAAAUCUGUUUUGAAAAGUUGUUAAUUGAAUUAAUUGAAUUGGGAGGAUCAAGGUCAGGUUUGUUUGACUAGGGGGUGCGAAAAAAUAGCUAUCUUCCUUUUAUUAGGUUAUUUAUUUUGACUGCAAGCUUUGAAUGUUGGCCUAAACCUCAUGUCUUGGUUGAGGAUGCAAAAGACCAUCAGGAGCAGCAGCUGCAGCAGCUGCAGCAGCAUGAGUCUCCUGUGUGUCCUGUGGCUGCUGAUGGUCUGUCUGGCUCCUGGUAGCUGGGGCCAGAGGCAGAGGGAGACGGAGGUGGCGCAGCCACCAGCCAAGGCUCAGCUGGCAGAGAGAGACGCGCUCUGCCACCAGGAGGGAUGCUACGCUGUCUUCCUCCAGAAGCGAAGCUUCAGGGAGGCUGGGCGGAGCUGCCGGGAGCGAGGUGGGACCCUGGCAACGAUGCAUACUCACGAGGCAGCGGGUGUGGUCCAUGAGCUGCUGUCGGCCAUCGAGGGGACCAGGUCAAGGCUUCGCCUCUGGAUCGGGCUGCACAGACCACCACGCCAGUGCUCAUCCACCAGACCACUGAGAGGAUUCGUCUGGGUCACAGGAGACCAGGAUGGCCAGUUCACCAACUGGCUCCGUGAGGACACCCCUGGUACCUGUGCGGCCCCUCGCUGUGUGGCCAUGACUGUCCACACCUCUGAGAGCGGACGUGAGAGCGGCGACAAUUUCCGAUGGCUUGACGGUUCCUGCGCACUGCCGCUGGAUGGAUAUGUUUGCCAGUACAACUACAAAGGAAUGUGUUCACCACUGAAGGAUGAGGGCGGUGGUUCGGCUGUUUACACCACGCCAUUUCACCUGGUCAGCACACUGCUGACCCACGUGCCCUAUGGGUCUGUAGCAGCUCUGCCGUGCCCUGCAGGCGGUUCAGACCCAGAUGCUCAAGCUGAGCAGACGGUGCUGUGCAUGGAGAGAGACGAUGAGACCGUGGGCUGGUCCAGGGAUGCCCCGCUCUGCUCGUCCAGUGCCGCUCCACAGAACCAGGACUGGUGUAGCGGGGACCACGGCUGUGAGCAGUACUGUCAGAACACAGACACAGACUACUACUGCUACUGCUCGGAGGGCUUUACGAUAGAUGAGGACGGGUACAGCUGCAAGCCUGAUCCCCUGAGACAAACUGACCCUCCUGAACUGUCCGCUGACUCCGCUGGUCCCACCGAUCAGUCCUUCAUCAAAGAGAUCUGUGUGGAGAUGGGGUGUGAAUACGACUGUAUGGAGACACAGCGGGGCAUCCGCUGCACAUGCCCGCCCGGCUACCAAAUGGGUCCAGACGGCCGCAAAUGUUCUGAUGUAGACGAAUGUCGACAGCAACCGUGUCCACAGCUCUGCAUCAACAUCCCAGGCACCUUUCACUGCACCUGCCACUCCGGGUACCAGCCGGAUGAUGAGGGUGAGUGUGUGGACGUCGAUGAGUGUCUGGAUGAGGCGAGCUGUGAAGGCACUUGUGAAAACACAGUGGGGUCCUUCACAUGCCUGUGUAACCCCGGCUACAAGUCAGACACCGGGGGAGAGUGUGUGGAUGUGGAUGAGUGUGUGGGGGAGUCGCCCUGCCAACAGCAGUGUCUCAACUACAGGGGAGGGUACCAGUGUUAUUGUGACAACGGCUACGACCUGCAGUCAGAUGGACUUACCUGCCAGCCUUCACCUGAUGAUGAAGAAUAUUCCACUCUGACCCCUGACCCCAGUGACUCUGCUCACAUACCCGGCUUGGACCCUGAUCAUGAUAAUCCCUGGUCCACCUCAUUUACCCCAGACCCAAACUUUGAAGCUGACACUAACUUUGAUGUUGACUGGCUGACCGAGGUCCCUGAAGCACUGUCCCCUGACAUGGCUCAUGGGUCAGACAACCACCUGAACCAAUGGGAUGCCCUGUCUCCAAAGCGAUAUCAUACAGCCCCACCCCCGACGCAAAAAGACAACACAGGCAAUGAAAUCGAUAACAAGGCUAAAGCUAGUGGAGGGGUGGGAGUGGAAACUGCGAACGGGUCAGCUGGUAAGACUAGGGAGGGGGAUGGAUCUAAGAUGGAUACAGAGGGCGUCAGCGGAACAGCGGAGGCUGAGGCAGGAUCUGCUGAUGGUAAACGAAAGCAUGACAAGAGCUGGCUGCUGGUGGCCCUGCUGGUGCCUCUGUGUGUGUUUCUCGUAGUGAUGCUGGCUCUGGGGAUCGUCUACUGCACCAGCUGUGCUGUGGACAAGAGCCUGAGCUUCUCAAAUUGCUAUCGCUGGAUACUCCCUACAACGCCUCCUGACAGGAGGGACGGCAAAACCCAAGCAUGAACCCUAAAACAAACCAACACACACACAGAUGUGUUGCAGAGCUGAUCACUAAACCUACCACUUGGAUAUAGCACAGUUGACUGGCCCUCCCAUUCAUCAAAGAAAACUUAAUACUUUCUGUUGCACACCCCUUUGUAAAUAUUUCACGUUCUCAUCAUGUUUUUAGAAUCCAAU